GUUUCAAUUGGAUGAAAUCGGAUCCGUUAUAAGCAUAGCCACAAGAAACACGGUAAAAAGAUUAAUAGAAAUAAACAAGAAUUGACUUGCCACUUCUGGAUUUCUCUCUUUGUAAUUCAGCUUACAUGGUUGUAACUUGAAGUGGGUAACUUGAGCGACUGAGAAAGAUGGAAACUUUGACAACUUCCGCUUCGAAGAUAAUCUUUGACAAGUAUAGACACAGAUGUUACUUUUCUUCUAGAGAGUUGUAUGUUCACAGACCCCAGCUUUCGUUUUUACCUUCCAAGAAGCAUGUAAAUGGCCGCUUCUUGGAACUCUUUUCUCUCAAAGAAAAGACUGUGUGGUUUAUCUCUUGCAUCGAGGCUGAUUCUCAGGGAGAACUGGAGAAUGUAGCUAAGGAACAUACCUAUCAAUCAAAUGUUGUUCAUGUCAAAUUCCAGUUACAAAAAGAAUGCAAAUUCGGCGAGCAAUUUUUCAUUGUAGGGGAUGAUCCUAUGUUUGGCUUAUGGGACCCUGAAAGUGCAAUACCAUUGGACUGGUCAGAUGAACAUGUUUGGAGUGUGGAGCUGGAUGUACCUGUGGGAAAAUCAAUCUGUUUCAAGUUCAUACUGAAAGAAAUCACCGGCGACAUUCUAUGGCAACCAGGCCCUGAUCGAACCAUUCAAACUUGGGAAACUAGGAAUACAAUCACCAUUUUGGAAGACUGGGAUGAUGCUGAAUAUAAGAAAAUAAUUGAGGAAGAACCAAUGGCUAAUCAAAAUGGAGAUCCUGCUGUCCAGUCAGAACUUAUACUUCCAGAUGACUUUAUUCAGCCCAAAAAGGGGCUGAUCUUCAGCGUACGCGACACAUCAGAUGCAGUUGAUAGUGAUUUGCAUUGGUCAUCGACACCGGAGAAGCCUAUAGAGGAAACACCUGUGACUGAUGAGAGUAUGGUGAUGGCAAAAGACAUUAUGGGACAUGAUGGCAGAGUUGCAACAGUCAAGAAGGCAGAAAACUCAGACAAGGAGGGAGAUCUAAUCUCCUAUGAAGGGGAACCUGUUUUAGUACCUGGCUUGACUCCAUUAGAAACUGUGUCAACUGAAGGAGACAUUCAAAAUGAAAAUCAGUCAAGUGUUGCUGUUGAUGCUUUGCUUGGAAUGAAGGAAGCUGAGAACCUAAGUUUGCCUGAGUCAGAUGAGAAGCAAGAACCUGAGAGUAAUUCUGGCCAGGUGAAAAAAGUCAAGAUAUUAUCCAGUACAGAGGAGCAACAGCUUGAUGAUCCUGAUUUAAACAAAGAGAAAAAGGAGACUAUGAUGACACCAUUGGAAAGUAAAACUUUGCCAAAUGACAUCAAACAAGUAGACGAUCCUCAUUUAGCCAAAGAAGAAAAGGAUACCCGGGAAACGCCAGUGGAAAGUAAUGUUCUGCAAAAUGACAUCCAAUGGGGUCGUAGGACUAUAAAGAUACUUCUAGAUACUUUAGGACUGCUGUAACAUCAUAAAACAGAACUGAGAUGGAAGAUUUGUUACAUUAGGUAUUUCCUGCAACUGUGCCGCUCGAUCUCCUAGUUUUUGUGGUGACCUGCCAUAUGCCGUAGAAGAGUGUGAAAGGCUGUUGUUGUAUGCACAUAUCAACUUCAUUUCCUUGACCUAUGAUUGUUGUAUGCUAUUCUUUCAGAAUUCUCAGGAUUUGCAUUUAGUUAA